CAUUUUUUGACUGCCAUUAAUUACAUCAACAACAACCCGCAAGGGCCAAGCAGCGACUUUUACCGCCAAGCAACCCCAGUCCUAAAGCAAGGGUCGUCCUCCUUUUUUCUCAUCUAUGGUUGAUUGUCUCUCCACUUUUGUCAACCUUCGUCCAUCGCAUCGGGGGCAUCGACUCCUCCACCGCCCACCCUUUCAAUCCUACCAUUGACUGGGAAAGGCGACCGCGCAAGAGAGGGGUCGAAUCGCCAAAACCAAGAAGAAAAGCAAGCGCCUUGAAUGCAAGCAACCAGCGCAGCAAAAAGGCCCCCAAAUAUUCACCACCCCUAUCCCUACCAGUAACCGGCCAACCCGAUUCACUGGCUAUUACCUAGGUACCGCACCGGGCCUUCACCUUACCUAGGCCACCUAGUUUUACACUUCAGGUACCGUCUUUUAGGUCUAGGCAAUCCGACCACCUUCUUAGCCGCCCAAUCCGCGCCACCAUUUAUUCUCCCUCGACCAGAACUCGAUUCCGAUUUCUGGCUGCCUACCUCUAAGAGUAUAUACCAAAGGGGGAAAGCUGUCGAUUUUUAUCACCAAACGAUCAGAUGGUCUGCAACCGCAGCAUCAUUCGGCCAAUUCAGAGUACAACGCUAGCUUAAUUUCCAGGUUAUCUUGGGGCGGGGUCUUUCUUUCUUGAUUUUUUAGUCUUUUUUUUUUAUUAUUGUUUUUAUUAUUAUUUUUAUUUUUUUAUUUUUUAGUAUUUUCUUGUCCUCCUUCUCCCUUGUUCCCACCUAGAGAAGCCCCGACUGCCGACCGGAGCGGUUUGCCGAGCACUCUCGCGUGUGCGACAGUCCAUGGCAAGGUGAUAUUUCAGCGCCUGUAUUCAACAGCCCCCCUCAUCACCAUCACCAUAAGCAAAGCAAUUACAAUUCAGACAGAACCAACGGGGCUGUGCGGGGGAAACGGAAACUUGAACGACCCGCGAUUGAUGGGUCGCGAGUGUUUCCGCACCAUCGUCGCAUCCAUACCAGCGUCGCCCUAAAGAUCCUGUACCGAAAAUGAUGGCUGUCUUGUCUCAAAGUGGCUCGUCCCCAGCAACGUCGCCAGCCCCCAUCUCGCCAUCGCCCACGUCGAGCCCGACCUCGAACUCGAAUCACCCACCCCUGCCCCCACUGAUUACAUCGCCUCCGUCCAGCGCUGUUGCCGUCGCCCCGCCAGGCCGAAGAACAACUCUCCCGCGACCAAUGUCCUACUCUGCGAGGAAUAGGCUGUCGCAGUACUCGACGGGGUCCGUCCCGUCGCGGUCGCGACCGCCGUCCCACAUAUUUCCAAUUUGGCCAAGCAGUCUGCCAUACACGUUGGUCAGAGAUUUUGCCUACCCGCCUGUCAAUCCGCUGCACCAUGGACCGCCUCCCGAACUGUCACUGCCGCCAAGUGGCAUGACCACACCCGCAAGUGAGCACCAGAGACGCCUGUCAGAUCCGCCUGCGAGCUGGGUCUCCCGGGAAAAUGGCACCUGGAGCGAAGGUUUCGGCAAGGGUGGUGACCUCGCGCCGAUGCACCUUGGCGACGGCCCGCCCUGGAGUGAGGACGAGGAUUUACAAAGCCCGGUCGUCAGCUCGCGCCACCGCAAACACCACGGUCACGGCAGGGGCAAGGGUGGCUCACGGGGUGGUGGCGCUGCUGGAACAGGGUUAUUGGACCCUACAACCUACGACCGAGAGAGGGGCUACUAUAUGGGCACGAGCGGCGACGGGAGCGAGAGGUAUUAUGUCAACCAGGGGGGAGAGGCCAACGGGCCCGGGGGAGAGUACGUUACGUACCCUCCAGACCAGGCGCGCAACUCGGCUCAGGGAGUUUAUAAUGUCGGGGACCAACAGCCGCGACAGUAUGCGGAACACGAUGCGGGCUACCGUUACGGGUCUGACGGAUCCAGCAGCUCGCCGUCUUCACCGGAUCUACGGGGCGAGGACCAGUCAAGGUAUUCGCGGGAUUACCAAUUCACCAUUACAUCCCCAGACGAGGAGAUGCAUGGCAAGGCGGUUGCACUCUUUGAUUUCGCCCGAGAAAAUGAGAAUGAGCUGCCACUGCUCGAAGGGCAGAUUAUAUGGGUCAGUUAUAGGCACGGCCAGGGUUGGCUGGUUGCUAUGGACCCCAAGACUCAGGAGAGCGGGCUCGUGCCGGAGGAGUAUGUGCGGUUAUUGAGGGAUAUAGAGGGCGGCAUGACGAGUCUGACUGCGGCUACAGAAGAGGGCGCUGCCCCGCCGGCCACAACAACGGGCACUGGAACGGGAAGUCCUAAUGAUGCAGGUACACCUACUCAGACAGAGCAUAAGCCGCAGCAGCGGAACAGCUUUGGGCACACUCCCAGCGCCUCCACGUCCUCAACGUCAGCGAAUGGGUACCACCAGCCCAUUGUAUCAACUUUCAGCACAUCCAGCAAAGAUUUGGACCCUUACCCUCAACAUCUACUGGGGACGCAGGCCGGGCAGACGCCCCCUCAGGUCGUGCAUUAUCACGGACAACGGGGCGGGAGCCAGGCAAACACGCCGACUUUGAGUUUCCAUCAUGAUGUUGGAAUUAUCAGACGUGGCAGCAUCGACCAUACCAGCGGGAAAAGGGUCGAUACCAGUGGGGAGAGGCUACCAGGCGCCAGGAUGGGUGAUUCCUUAGCCGAGCAAAAAGAGGAAAGCAGUGAAGAGAGGAGAGAUCGCAAGAGCCGGUGACAACAAGGGAGCGUGGCGCAAUACAUCUGGAGUCAGGAGUUGCAAAGUUUAAACAAGUUUGAGUGCAGGGUCAAAUUCUGAUAUUUAUUGUACUACCACUACCAUUUUGUCCCAAAGUUCUGCCAUUUCGUUACUUGGUUACUUUUGUCGGGUUUCGGAAAGUUCUGGGGGGAGCGUGCUUUGUGUUUUGCAAGAGUUGGUCGAUUGCAUAUUACCCCGUUGAAUUUGGCCAAAACAAUUUCUAUUUUUCUUUUUCUUUUUUAUUAUUCUGCGUGUUCCAUCUUCUUGUCUUGGUCCCCCAGUCUCUUUCUCUGCUAUUACAUUUGAACACCACGGGUUAUGACUGGCGUGAAGGCUUAGGGAAUGGGACAUAAGACGGUACGGUGCCACUUGUCCGAUCUUAAUCAACCAUCUAGAACGACUCAAUUCUCUGUUGAAAACCCAUUGCUCUCUGAGUAUUGUUUUUCCACAUGAAAGAGAAGGCCAUGUCCAUAAUAAAUUGGCAAAAGGACCUCGUGAGGGUACGGCGAUGAGACAUAGCGCAUAAAAUGCA